GUGUGUGUGUAUAUCUAUACUGAAAAGAAAGUUAUAUAUUUCUAAAGCAACGUGUAAAAAUGGUUGCUUAUUACGAUGAGUAUGAUUGUGUUGAGGAGCCCAAAACGUUGACAUAUUGGGUGCGAAAUUUUCGCAUGAAACGCGUGCAAAUGCGUCGUAAAAUGCGAGGCUCGGGCAGCCUUCGGGUCAACGCCAUUUUGUCGACGGCAUUGCUGCACGCUGAGCAUGAACUGCGCAGGAAACAACAAGAACGCUUCAGUCGUUGGCUCGACAUCCAAACAAAAUUUGUGCCACAUGGGAAAACGCAUUGUGCCAGCGAUGCCAAUGAUAAAUACCAACAAAACUGCGACGCCACUGUGGAGACUGAACAACGCAAUAUUGAAAAUAAUCUAUGGAGGAGCGAACUCAGUGGCCUCGACAGUUUUUUGAGCAGUCUAAGCAGCAGCAAUAACAACAACAGUAGCAGCGGCAGCAACAACAACAAUGGCAGCAGCAGCAAUUACAACAACCAACGACCAUGCGCCAUUGCAGUGCACAGUUAGCUAGACAGAGACAACUCUAUGUGUGACACAUUUUUAUAUAUUCGAGA